AUGAGACGUACUUCGGUCUCGCUGCCGACCAGAAACGUAGCACACGACCCUCACGAGAAACCUGCCAGAUACAAUACAAAAGGCGCAAGCAAUAGCGCCGUCGCCAUCCUGGAGAAAGCAAAGGCCGCCUACAUGACGCAAAGUCAGCGUUCAAGAUACCUCAAGACGGGGGGUAUCUUGCUCUUCAUCGUCUUCCUCUUCUAUUAUUUAUCACCGAGCGGAAUCGAUGUACAUAAUGGAGCUACAGAAAAACCAGGCGUGAGUGUGGGGAGUUCGGGCUCGGGCCAGACAGCCUCAGAUCCGUCACUAGGCACAACCAAGUGCAAGGUCUCGAGCGACAAAUCGAAGCCCAUUGUCCAGUACGCCCUGAUGAUCGAUGCAGGGAGUACGGGCUCUAGAAUCCACGUUUACAGAUUCAACAACUGCGGUUCUACACCAGAGCUCGAGGAUGAGAAAUUCGUCAUGACAGAGAAGAAGGCAGGAGGAUCAGGGCUAAGCUCCUUCAAGGAUGACGCCGAGGGAGCUGCAGCAAGUCUUGACGUUUUGAUGGAUGCUGCGAUGGACACUGUUCCUGAAAAGCUCAAGGCUUGUUCGCCAGUCGCCGUGAAAGCAACUGCUGGACUUCGUCUCCUUGGUGUUGAGAGAAGCCAGAAGAUCCUCGACGCUGUUCGAACUAGACUCGAGACAAAGUACCCCUUCCCCGUUGUCUCCAAGGAGAACGGUGGUGUAAUCAUAAUGGAAGGUAAGGAUGAAGGCGUUUUCGCAUGGAUCACCACGAACUUCUUGCUCGGCAACAUUGGUGGACCAGAAAAGACCAAGACCGCAGCUGUAUUUGACCUCGGUGGUGGUUCAACGCAGGUCGUUUUCGAGCCUACUUUCGCCCUUCCUGCAAAGAUGGAGGAGGGUGAUCACAGAUACGAGCUGAAGUUCGGCGGAAGAGAGUUCGAGCUGUACCAACACUCCCAUCUUGGUUACGGUCUCAUGUCAGCUCGUGAAUCCAUCCAUCGCGCGCUCGUCGAAGACAUGCACGCCAGCAACCCUUCUGAUUCUUCGUGGAUAUCUAAGAGUGUCGUCAAUCCUUGCAUCGCUCCUGGAAUGGUUCGCACUGUCGAAGUCAAGCUUGAUGAAGGCCACCUUCUCGGGCCAAAGGUAUCGGUCAACAUGACCGGACCUUCAUCCGCAAGCCCUGCACAAUGCCGAAAACUCGCGGAGAAGAUCUUGUUCAAAGAAGCUGAGUGCAAGGUCGCUCCUUGCUCCUUUAAUGGUAUCCAUCAGCCGUCUCUAGAGAAGACCUUUUCUCGAGAAGAUAUCUACGCUUUCUCCUAUUUCUUCGACCGCACUGAGCCGCUAGGAAUGCCUGAAUCUUUCACACUGAAGGAACUACACCAUCUCACUGAUCAAGUCUGCGGCGGCGUAUCUAGUUGGGAUGUAUUCGAGACUGUCCCGGGUGCCAUGGAGGAGUUGAAGGACCGACCUGAGCACUGCUUAGAUCUUAACUUCAUGAUGGCUCUUCUUCACACUGGCUACGAGAUGCCCAUCGACAGAGAAGUUAAGAUUGCGAAGAAGAUCAAGGGUAACGAGCUUGGCUGGUGUCUUGGUGCUAGUUUACCGCUCCUCAGCCAAGAGUCCGGGUGGCAAUGCCGCAUUAAAGAGGUCUCAUAG